GCUGCUACCGGUAGCCAAUUGUAAUGCAGAAUUGGCCCGCGAGGGCCAGAGGAGCGCCUCAAGCUUCCUCAGUAGCCAAUAGGGAAGAGGAACGGCCAAGCGCUUCCUGAGUUCGGGGGUCGGCCGAAGAUGGCGGCCUCCAAAGGGGGUUGGUGCUUGUGCGAAUUGUUGAGAUUGUUUUAUUCAUUAUUCUUCCCUGGGCUAAUUGUAUGUGGAGCUUUAUGUAUAUGUUUGGUAAUUGUCCUUUGGGGACUCAGAUUACUGCUACAGAGAAAGAAAAAGUCAGUGUCAGCCAGCAAAAAUGGGAAAAAUCCAACAGUGAUUGCAUUUUUUCAUCCAUACUGCAAUGCUGGUGGAGGAGGGGAAAGAGUUCUAUGGUGUGCCUUGAGAACCCUGCAGAAAAAGUAUCCUAAAGCAGUAUAUGUUGUUUAUACUGGUGAUGUUAAUAUCAGUGGUCAACAGAUACUAGAAGGUGCUUUCAGAAGAUUUAACAUCAGGUUAACUUGCCCAGUGCAAUUUGUUUUCUUAAAGAAACGCUACCUUGUGGAAGAUUCACAGUAUCCUCACUUCACACUGCUUGGCCAAAGUCUAGGAUCCAUUUUUCUUGGCUGGGAAGCUCUGAUGCAGUGUGUUCCUGAUGUUUACAUUGAUUCAAUGGGCUAUGCCUUCACACUCCCUCUGUUUAAGUAUAUAGGGGGUUGCCGAGUUGGAAGCUAUGUUCAUUAUCCCACUAUCAGCACUGACAUGCUCUCUGUAGUGAAGAAUCAAAAUGUUGGAUUUAAUAAUGCAACCUUCAUUACCAAGAAUCCUUUUCUCAGCAAAGUAAAGCUGAUAUACUACUAUUUGUUUGCUUUUAUUUAUGGACUUGUUGGUUCUUGCAGUGAUGUAGUCAUGGUCAAUUCUUCUUGGACACUAAACCAUAUUCUCUCACUGUGGAAGGUUGGGAAUUGCACUAAUAUUGUUUAUCCGCCUUGCGAUGUGCAGACAUUUCUGGAUAUUCCCUUACAUGAGAAAAAAAUGACCCCAGGACAUAUAUUGGUUUCCAUUGGCCAAUUCAGGCCUGAAAAAAAUCAUCCGUUGCAAAUCAAAGCUUUUGCAAAAUUGCUGGAUAAGAAAGUAGCUGAGUCACCUUCUUCACUUAAACUUGUCCUCAUUGGAGGUUGUCGUAACAAAGAUGAUGAACUUAGAGUAAACCAACUGAGAAGACUGUCUGAGGAUUUAGGAAUUCAAGAACAUGUGGAAUUUAAAAUAAACAUUCCAUUUGAUGAGUUAAAGAAUUAUUUGUCUGGAGCAACAAUUGGUCUGCAUACCAUGUGGAAUGAGCAUUUUGGAAUUGGUGUUGUGGAGUGUAUGGCAGCUGGCACAAUUAUACUCGCACAUAAUUCAGGGGGCCCAAAGCUUGACAUUGUCGUCCCUCAUGAAGGAGAUAUAACUGGAUUUCUGGCUGAGAGUGAAGAAGGCUAUGCUGAAACUAUGGCUCAUAUUCUUUCCCUGUCUGCUGAAAGGAGACUCCAAAUCAGAAAAAAUGCUCGUGAAUCCAUAAGGAGAUUUUCUGAUCAGGAGUUUGAAGUGACAUUCCUAUCAUCUGUGGAGAAGCUAUUUAAAUAGUGACACGUCUGUAUAAAUUAAAGAUAUUUUAUAUAAAAUGGUUGGACUAGGGAUGUAGCUCAGUGAUAGAGCAUGGUAUGUACAGACCCUAGUUGCAGUCUCUAGCACCAAAAAAUAUCAUAAAUACCUUCAUAAGUAAAUAUUUUUCUAAACUCACUCCCUGUUGUAAUAAAGUCAGCCUGAGCAGUGUUCUCGGCAGUGUAUAUAGACACGGUAUUUAUUUCAAUGAAAAAAGGCAAAAUUACCGAAAUGGAAAGGUAAUCUUAUAUAGCUUUUUAUAUUUAAUUCUGAUGUAAUCUAUAUCUUUUACAUUCAAUUUUUCAAGUUAGCAAACAGGAAAGAAAAACAUUUAAUGCUGUGAAUUAAAUAUAGGGCAAGUGAUCUACCAAGGUACAUUCCCACAUCCCCCAAAUUCUGGUACAUUUAAAUUCUAAGCAAAUUAUGCAUGACCUUUUUAAAUGCAUCUAGUGAUUUUCAUAAAAGAAAAAAUAGGUGGGCAUGGUGGUACAUACCUGUAAUCCAAGUGACUUGGGAGGCUAAGGCAGGAGAAUCCUAAGUUUGAGACCAGCCUCAACAACUUAGCAAAGCCCCAGGCAACUUAGACCCUGUCUCCAAAAAAAGAGGGCUGGGGAUGUGGCUCAGUAGUUAAGCAUCCCUGGGUCCAAUCCCUAGUAUCAAAAGAAACUUGAAGCAGGCUUAUCUAAUCAUGUUCCCAAAGUAUAUAUAGUCAAGAGAUUCCAGUGUGUGUGGAAGCAUGUGGGGAUCAAGUUACUACUACCAAUAUUUUCCAUAACUAGGUUUUUGUGAAAGGUGCUUUUUGUUUAGUGCUGUGAUAGCAUAUAUCUCUGGGUAUCUCCUCAUCUCUCAGCAGCUCCACAUCUUAAGCUAAAAGUCAGCCCUGAUUCAUUCAAGAGAAUAUAAAGAUAAGUUGUUUGUUUUUACAUCAUGAUGGUGUAAUGCACAGAGCUGUCGACAGAGUGUCUAUGAUCAGCAUCAUGCAUUAAAAGUGGCAUUUUGAAAACAGGACUGGAGUAGCAGUUGUCAUAUCUGGGCCAGCUUCAUAAUAAUAAAAUGUAAAUUCAUCAUCAUUUACAGUGUAUGGCCUCCUCCUACUAAAGCUGCACCUUAAUCUUUCUGAGUCUCAGAUUUUUAAUCUAUAAUCUGGGUUUGUUAAUACCUGUCCUCACUACCUUUUAGAUUACCUUUUAGAGGUAGUGCCACUGAGAGGGAGUGAAACUUCUUUGAAAAUUAUAAAAGUUACUUUAAAGGCAAGAACCUAUAGUAAAUAUAUUUUAUAAUCUUGUCUUUUACUAGUGCAUUAUAAUUGUAUGUGGAUCCUUGGUUUCUACACUGGUAGCUAGGAAUUAGUAUUAAUUUAAUUUGACUUCUGUCCUGAAUAACUAGCAUGGAAAAGCAAAUAAGUGUGCAGAUAUGGCUAUAAAGACCUACAACUGUUGGCAUUUUCUGCAUAUGUAAUUCCUUCUAGUUCACUGAGUUGACCUUCCCUUUACAGUCUUUUUACAUUUAUGUUCGAAUCAUUUGAAAGAGGUAUAUUAUUCCUUUGCAGUCUCAAAUAUUCAUCUAUCCACUUAUUUUUUACUGGAGUUAUGUUGAUUCAUCUGCAGCCCAUCUUUAUUGUCAGAUUAAAAAGCAAUAAAACUGUUCCAGAUGCCAUGCACCAACAGAA